UUCUCUCUCUCUCUCACACACACACACACACAAACACUCAUGACAUCAACUGUCAAACGGCGUUUGAUGCCGUUCAGAUAUUUAGUCAUUAAUUAAUAAUCGAGAGUGAGAGGAUGAGGCGGAGCGGUCUUUAUAUCCCUAAAUAAUGAGAGUAAACAAGAAUAAAGUGACGGCGAGUUAGAUCGGGGCGAGAGAAACGCAGAUGUACUAAUAACGGAGGAUUCGGGGGGUUUUUUUACGAGUGGUAAACGAUGAGCUGGCUCGGUAGGAACGCACUGAUCGGUCUCGGUGUGAGUGUGACGAUCAGCACCGGCCUGAUCGCAUUAUUGAUCAUUAAAGAAGCUCUCAGAAGGAGAAACCGCCGCCUGCUGCUGAAUAACACGAGCUCCGCGUUACAAAACGAAACUGUAGACUCCGCGGCUCUUUCCGCAGCGGUGAGUAGUUUGUCACCUGAGCAGCAUGUGGAGCUGAGGAAGACUCUGGAUGAUGUGAUGAAGAGCGUGUCCGGUUUGAGGAAUGAGAUCGCAGAGCUGCGGGAGGGUCUGAAGGGCAUCAGCACCACCAUUGCUGAAGAUGUCAAGAAGACUGUGGAGGAGAGUCAGAGAUCGCGGCGGCGGCGUCCGCUCAUGCCGAGGGAACGCUCUGAAUCCAUGAGCUCCAGCUCCAUUUAUUUCACCGCCAGUGCCGGGGUCGCCAGUGUCUGUGACGACAGUGAGGCUGGAUACUCCACGGCCUAUUCCAAUGCCGAGUCCGACUACACGGACAGAGAGACGGAUCGCGAGACGGAUAAAGAUGGUGAGGACGAUGUGAGAGACUCAGAUGAGGAGGAGAGCUGCGCCACGGUGCUCACGCUGAGACAGGAUGAUUCACAGGUUGAGGAAGAGGAUGAUGACGGGCUGAUGGUGGACUCUUUAACGGACAUUCCCAGCCCUGAAUUUGCCCUUCUGCUCACCCAGUGUGAUCUGCUGCAUACAGGGGAUUCUGGAAAAAAAGCAGAGGGCUUCCAGCUGCUGAUGGAGAACAGACCACUGUACGCUGACAACGUGGAGUUUAUGUGGCGACUGGCUCGUGCCUACAGCGACAUGUGUGAGACGGCAGACAACAGAGAAGAUAAGAAAAACUACGCUGAGCAAGGUCAUUAUGAAGCAGAGGCAGCGCUUACAAGGAAUGGACUGAGUGCUGAUUGUCACAAGUGGUUUGCCAUCCUCGCACGCUUGUCUUCACAGUACGAGAGCAUUCACGGAAAACUAAAAAGCGGUCGCGUACUGAAGGAGCAUUUGGAUCGAGCUUUGGCUCUACGUGACGAUGAUCCCAUCUGUUUCUAUCUGCUCGGCCGCUGGUGUUUAGAGGUGAGCUCCCUAGGUUGGCUGGAGAAGAAAACUGCCGCCACAAUUUAUGAAACUCCUCCCACAUCCUCACUAAACGAAGCUCUGGAGAACUUCCUCAAGGCAGAGGAGUUAAACCCAGGAUUCUCCAAAACCGUUCGGCUUUAUAUCGCCAAGUGUCACAAGGAGCUCGGAAACACGUCAGAAGCCAGAAAUUGGGUCCAGUUAGCUCUGAGCACACCGGCUGGAGCAAAUGAGGAUUCUGACAGCGCAGCUUUACAGGAGGAGCUCAAGACUUUGAUUGACAGGCCAACUGACCUAUCAAUAAGUAGCGUGAAUAAUUAGGGUGGGGUCUAAUGACAACUGACAUCUUUUUACAUUUCACCUGAUAUGUGCUCUAUUUAUUUAAUGUUCUUUGCAAUGGAUGCGUUUAGUAAUCUGAAAAAAAUUAAAUAUAUUAAUAUUGUUUGCUACCGUUCUCAUCUCUUUCACAAAACACUGCAUUUCAUUCCUUACAAAAGAUGAAGGUGACUCGGAUCAUUCCUAAUUUUUUAUAUUUAAACAUGCUGUGAAAUUAAGCAUUUAAUUGAUUGAUUUUGUUUGACAUGAAGUGAAUUCCUGAAACAUCACAAUAAAACUCCACAACUAUCUAAUA